UUCGCCCCUAUGCUGACAGCUCACAGCUCUCAUUCACCACUCCUUUUUUUACAAUUAACUGUAACAAUUAAAAACGUUUAAACUCGUAUUCUAGCACCGACGCGUUAAACGAUGCUCAUUAAACACACACACACGCGCGUGCGCACGAUCUCGCGGGCGAGAUAAUCGAUUAGGAGGCCGAUUGAUAAUCGUUGGAAGCCGCAACCCCACGGGCACGUGGGACCGCAUCGACUCGCUCUGCGCUCGCCUCGCCGCCCUUGGCGCCAGCACAGCAGGCGGAGCAGGCGGAGCAAUCGAGCCCCGAGUCGCCGAUCGCUCAAGGACAACAACAGCAGCAGCAACAUGCUCGCCCUCGCGCAGAGGUUACUCGCCAGGCCGCCGCCGCCUCGGCUGCUGCAAAGUUUCUCUCGGAGGAAGUUCACGGCCAUGGCGCCGGAUUAUACGAAGCCCAACUGGCCAGGCGUGGUGGCCUACGUGUCGGGCACGGUGCUGCUGUGGGGCCUGCUACUGAAGCAGAACAGCACUGACUGGGCUGAGUAUGAGAAGCGACGUGGCAUAGCCAAACAAUGAGGAGCCAAAUGGCAUUUUCAUGUAAGAAUGUGACCAUGCAGAAGAGUUGCUGCAAGAAUAUUCCUGUCAGAGUAUAAAUUCCCCUGUUGUGAGAACUAUGUAACAUAUACAUGAGUUGGAUUCUGUGAAAUAUUCAACACAAGUUGUUAAACAUUUAUUUUUACAUCAACUAAAUGUUAACAACUAUGGUAAAAACAAAACUGUGUCACGUGACAGAACUGUAUGACUAAAUAAAUAUAAAACAUUCA